ACGGAGUGCGUUGAGCACAGGACUAUAGAUGAUGAUUCAAGAUCUUAUCGUUACUAUGCUAGUAACAAUAACAAAAAUGACCUCUAUCUCCCCGAAGGCUGGUAUAGGUUUGUGACGCGAACGCGCAUGAACACAAAAUGUGUUUCUUCCGACAGUUACUGCAACACAGCUUAUAUCGGGUAUUUAAGCCAAGACCAUCCUUCUGUUGAAGAGGGGAUUGUUACUCGGAAAGUGUGUUUCAGUUAUUCUUAUUCUUGUUGUCGUUAUUCCACCUAUAUAAAAGUACUCAAUUGCGGAUCAUUCUACGUUUACAAACUCAAACCCACACCAAUUUCUUCUGCUCGUUAUUGUACCGAAUAG